CUGGAGGGGACUUCAUGCACAUCUAUUUCCGUCCCCUCCUUUUUAUCCAUAGUUGCGUUCGGCAUGCCAUGAGCAGACGGGACUGAUGGAAUCGGAUUUUUUUUCGGUACGAGAUGAUGGGAUACCUCGAUGAACGACAACGACGACGACGACGACGACGACGCAUGCUUUCAUCUUUCUAUGGAUUCCUCUUGCGCAUGGAAGGAAGCAUCGGCAUUGGGGAGACACAGGGGGUGGGAAGAGAUAGGAAGGGAAAACCAACGCGUCGGCGACGACGGCUCGACUGGCGCUAGCAUACACCUAAUCAAACAGCUAACGGCAACAACAUUCCCCCCGACACGAACGCGAAACACGGAACACGACACAUUUUCUUUAGGACAGACAACUCAGCAUGGUGCGACGGCGUUUAUUUUUUUCAUUUUCCUGUUUGGGAAGCUGCAACUACUCUUUUCGGGAUCACGGCACAAUGGAAAGGGACUGUAUUUCUUCUUCUUCUUCUUUUCUUUUUAUUCUCUGGCUUCUUUGGGAUUUGACUUUGGUUGUUUUGUGUUUUCAUUCUUUCUUCAUACGCGUGCUCAUAUCUCGCUGACGAGUGGCGCCCCCUCCCCCCUAUCGUGAAGAUGCCCUCGUCAGCCUUCAUCUUUUUUUUUUCUUUUUUUUACAUGGAAAGGGGGCAGAAUCUCUCGCGAGAGGGUACUGUUCAUUGUUUUCGUUUUCUUUUUUUUAAAGGCCCCGUCCGUAGAUGUGGGAACUUUUCUCAUUUGAUUCUGGUUUACACGGUUCCCGUUUCAAGGGGGGGGA